AUGGCGACUGAUGAAUCCGACUAUGCUUUGGGCUGGGGCCAAGACGGCCAGGACCUGCUGCUGAUGAAGACUGUCGCAACGGCCCUUACGGGCUUUUGCAAAACAACGAAUAUUCGCGCCACGCCGGCAUGUUUGAUACCGGCAGGAUCUUCGACCCCAAUCAAGUUCUGCUCCAGUGGGUGGCGUCCCCAGAAUGAGCCAUACAACAUUCUCGACAACGGAAAGUGGACGGAGCUGAACGCCUCGCUUCCAGCCGCAACGGGUGAUGGCUUCGUUAUUGACAACUCUCAGCUGGGGCUGUUCUUUCUCACACAGCAGAUCCGCCAUGCCAAAAUCCCGCUCAACGAUGCUCUCCAAGGCCGUCUGCUUCAGGAAAACCUGCCGCUGUGUCGCCGACGGGCCAAAAUCGUGCUGGGCCACAAGCCCUGCAAGAACUGCCUUGAUUUCCUAAAACUCAUUUGCCGCCGCACGGGCAUCGAUGUCCGUACCGAGUCUUGUGCCGUUUUUGACCGACAUGUCAAGCUCUGUGGCUUUUACGAAAUCCAGCCCAAGCAGCAGGAUUCCGGCCCUCAGGCCAAGGAACUUGACUCGAGCAAGAACAUCGAUAGCAGCGACAACGAAAGUCAGGACGACGAACAAACUGCACAGAAGCAUACCCAAAACGGAUGGGAGUCGUGCACUAGAGAGUCCUCUCUCGAAGAAGAGCCAGUCUUCUUCAGCUCGCAACGCCGUGGCCGGCCGGCUGUAUCAAUACAUUCUGACUCCGGCGAGGAGGAUAGCGAGUCUGUCAAGGAGCUCAGCCCUGGCAAUGUCAACGACGAACCCGAGCUUCCGCUUCCCGCACUGCAGUACAGACUGGGCCGGAUGUCGGUGUUCAGCACUCCAUCGCCGUCCCUUCCGGAAAGCUCUUUUCCAGGGUCGUCACCUGUACCUCGGCGCCUCCGGUUCACACCCGUUUCGGCAUCCCCGCCACGGUUCGGCGGCACUGGCGCACCACCAGCCCACUGGGGCCCAUGCGGCAAGCCUCCGCCGACGCCAUGCUUUGUGGCACCUGCAUCUGCCGAGAAAAACAGCACCAUAAGCGAGACUGUCGUGGAGCCGUCACUUUCAAACAGCUCGGUGAUGCCCAGCAUGGCCCCACAGGUAUCGUACUUUUUUGCGUCAGCCAGCCCAGAGCCAGCCGCUGGCCAGGCAGAGCCGCCGUCGUCGUCAGGGACAGAAGCUCAAAUGGGCACGGCUCAACAGCCUGUGGAGCUUCUGGAAGUGCCGGAGACUCCACUCCUGGCAGAGCGCAGGCCGCCACCCUCCUUUCAGUCCAGAUUGCGGGAGAACAUGCCGCCUCCUCAGUAUCCUGCUCGACCGACACAGCGGCUGAUGCAACCCCCACCACGGCCUGUCACACCUGUGCGAAACGAGUCCGCCGAUGUGGAAUUUGUGCUUUCCAUGUCGAUAGGGAGCUCGCCGGAUACCAGCGGACGGGCAGGCACUGCUUCUCGGCCAUAUGCCGACCAGACACAAUGGCAGUCGACACGGGCGCCGAGUGGCUCAGCAGCUCAGCGGCCGCUAGGCGUGACUCCUGUCCGCGAGCCCUCUGUUCGCCUCGACCAUCCUGGUGCCUAUACAGGUGCCCGUGUAGGUAUUCGUCGAGAAGCUCUUCAGCGUGCCCGUCUCCGCACCAACCUGUCGGCGUCCACGCCUGCCAUUGAUUUGACAGCACAGCCGUCGUCGUCAUCGGCUGUCUUUGUUCGCCGGCCUCACCCCAUGCCUGCUGUCACGUUCAACAUGGGCCGACGGCUGAGCGAGCGCGUCGCCAGCCCACCGCAACAGCGCAAUCAGCAAUGGCACCGGCGGAUGCUCGGCGGGAAAUCCCGCACAGCAGCGACAUCACGCCCGCAGCGACAGCUCCCGUCGUUCCCGGAUCUCCAGGCAUACCGUUUCGAGGUGUGA